AUGAUGACCAUGAUGAUGAUGAUGGUGGCCAUGAUGGUCACCUGCAGCUCUCUUUUCCUGCUGGGUCUGGCCGCCGCCCAUGCUUCCUCCGGCACCAUGACCCGCACUUCCUUUACAUCUACAUCCUCCUCCUCCUCCUCCUCACCCCGUAUGAAGCUCUCCUACAAAGAGUUGCAGCAGUUCCACGGUGUGCGGAGGUUCGAGCUGGAUCGAUCGUGCUGCUUCAGCGCUCUGCUGCUGGACGAAGAGAGAGGGCGCCUCUUCGUUGGGGCCAAGAACUUCCUGCUGUCGCUAUCGUUAGACAACAUCGCCAAGCAGGAGCACAAGAUCUACUGGCCCGCUCCCGUCGACUGGAGGGAGGAGUGCAACUGGGCCGGCAAGGAUAUCACUUCCGACUGUGUGAACUAUGUGAAGAUUGUGCACCACUUUAACCGCACUCACCUGUACGCCUGUGGGACCGGGGCCUUCCACCCCACCUGUGCCUUCGUGGAGGUGGGACACAGGAUGGAGGACCAUGUGUUCAGGAUUGACCCCUCCAAGGUGGAGGACGGGAAAGGGAAGAGUCCGUAUGAUCCUCGCCACAAUGCUGUGUCUGUUCUCGUUGGUGAUGAGCUAUAUGCAGGCGUGGCCACAGACUUAAUGGGACGGGACUUCACCAUCUUUAGAAGCCUGGGGAAACGCCCCUCCAUCCGCACUGAACAGCAUGACUCACGUUGGCUGAAUGAACCAAAGUUUGUUGGUUCCUUUUGGGUGCCAGAAAGUGAGAACCCUGAUGAUGACAAGGUAUUUUUCUUCUUCCGUGAGACGGCGGUUGAGGCCCAGGGGCUGGGGAAGUCCACCUACUCCCGCAUCGGCCAGCUCUGCAGGAAUGACAUGGGUGGUCAGCGAAGUCUGGUGAACAAGUGGACGACAUUCCUCAAAACCCGUCUGAUCUGCUCGGUGCCAGGAGCCGACGGCAGCGACACAUACUUUGAUGAGCUGCGCGACGUGUUCCUGCUGCAGACGAGGGACAGAAAGAACCCUCUGGUCUACACAGUCUUCUCUACUUCCAGCAGUGUAUUUAAAGGCUCAGCUGUGUGUCUCUACACCAUGAAUGACAUCCGGAGGGCCUUCCUGGGGCCCUUUGCUCACAAAGAGGGCCCCAACUACCAGUGGGUCCCCUUCCAGGGAAAAGUCCCCUAUCCACGCCCAGGAAUGUGUCCCAGCAAGACAUUCGGCAGUUUUGAGUCCACAAAGGGUUUCCCAGAUGAUGUGAUCCAGUUCGCGCGUCACCACCCUCUGAUGUACAACCCGGUCUACCCGAUGGGCAGACGGCCCGUCUUCGUCAGAACUAACGUAGACUACAGCUUCACACAGAUUGCUGUGGACAGAGUCAACGCUGCCGAUGGACAAUACGAUGUCAUGUUUAUUGGCACAGACAAAGGGACAGUACUAAAGGUGAUCAAUGUCCCCAAAGAGAGCUGGAAUAACAUGGAGGAGCUGCUACUGGAAGAGCUAGAGGUCUUCAAAGAUGCCUCGUCCAUCAUCAACAUGCAGAUCUCAUCGAAACGGCAACAGUUGUAUCUGGGCUCAGACACCGGCAUUGCCCAGGUUCCACUGCACCGCUGCAGUGUGUAUGGGAAGGCCUGCGCUGAGUGCUGCCUGGCCAGAGACCCGUACUGCGCCUGGGACGGAACAUCCUGUACUCGCUACCUGCCAAACACCAAGAGACGUUUCCGUCGCCAGGAUGUAAGGAACGGAGACCCCAACACCCUGUGCUCUGGAGACCACCAUAAGCACCGUGUUGCAGAGAGGAAGCUGUAUGGAGUUGAAGGAAGCAGCACUUUCUUGGAGUGUAUUCCAAAGUCCCUUCAGGCCAGAGUCACCUGGACCUUCCAGAAACAUCCACAGAACCCACGUGAAGAGGUGCGUCUAGAUGACCGCAUUCUCCAGACAGAUAGAGGCCUGCUGAUUCGUCGAGUCCUGAAGAGAGACGUUGGCAUCUACCAAUGCCAUGCCAUGGAGCACGGCUUCACACAAACCUUACUAGGCAUCACCUUGGAAGUUGUACCUUCAACAUCCUCCUCAGUCUCCAAUUUACCCUCCGAUGCCCCUGUCCGAUUAGACCCCCGCAGUGGAGGUGGGCCCCCGAUGACCAAUCAAAAGCUUUGGUAUAGGGACUUCAUGCAGCUGGUGGACCACCCUAACCUGAGCACUGUUGACCAGAUUUGUGAGCAAGUUUGGGCACGAAAGAAUGCCGGCAGUGACCAAGGGGAUAAGACCUUUGCUGCUCCGGGGAAGGACGCCGCUCCUCUGAGCCCUGCUGUCCGCCCAGCUAACAAGAAGUGGAAGCAUCUUCAGGAGAUAAGGAAGGGGAGAAACCGCCGGACCCACGACGGGAAGCCGAAUCCUCGGGCGCCUCGCAGUGCAGGGGAGUAACAACGUCGAGAAAGACACGGAGAGUGAAAAGAAUGAAUAAUACAAGAAACAAAAGGAGGAAAAUGAUAGAACGAGACUGAGAGACCAAGAACUCCUGGAGGUGUUCACACAUACAGACACAACCACGUACAUAAGAACACACGCAGACACAAACACACAGCACCUCCUCUAUUGUGCAUAUUUAUCCAAGGACGCCCCCACUAUAGGGUACCCCGAUCUCCGAGCGCUCGUCUCACUGGCCAGCCCCUGCAUGUGCUGCCUUACAGACCAAAAUGAUUUUGCACGAUCCCUUUACACUGUUCCACUAGCAUAGUCAAGGUUCCAUGCAAGAUACAUGGGAGUGAACCCACCUUUAUCCGUGGGCAAUAAACUUACACUCGCCUGCCACUCGCCUGAAUAUGGAAGAUGGGUCGGGGACACAGAAAUCCCACAUCUUUUGUUGUCUACUUCAUGCCAACUACACAAUGUUAUAUGUGGACAGUGGCUCAUUAUAUGGCCAUCUCAACUCCGGACUGCACCACUCAGAACAAAAACAGACCCCAAAGUUUUGGACGACCUCAGCUCACAGCUUUUUUCUUACCUGAAGAUUUUGUAACUAUGUAGAAAAAUGGUGGACGGGAGUGCUGCGUAUAAUGGGAGGGAAUACAGAAACUGGAAUCUACUGCAAAGUAACGGUCUCUAACUGGAAACACAUUUGAUUGCAACUAUUUAUGUGCACCUGCAAAUGGAGUCAGACAAAUAAACACGUUAAAACAUUGUUAUGACACAAACAGAUAAAUUGAUUGAUAAAUAACUUCCCGUGGUGCUCUUGUUGCACAUAUUUCCAGUAACCUCACAUUUCACAUGGGUUUGUGUGCGUAAUGCAGUCACAGAAGACGUGGAAAUGUCAGCAGUGUAGGGCAGCCUGUGGAACAGAUCAGCAUGUUGCAAAACUGGUUAUAUUAUACAGUAGUUUUAAAAUAAAUCACACAAUACAAUGCAGUUAUGGUUAGAGAGCAGUUGAAUCUGGCAAGGUAUAAUGAUAUUGCGUUACUGGUCCAAACCACUAGAGAUGAGGGGUGGAAAAACUACUGGCAUUCCACAAUGUGCGAGAAAGAUCAGAUGUUUACAGGAAACAGACAAAGUUGAAGCACAAAUAAUACAUUUGUAAAAGCAAUUAAAAGCCCCAAACAAGACUUGGAUUACAUCUUUAUAUCUUGUAGCAUUUUUUUUACAUACACAAUAGUUUUGUUAAGAUCAAAACCUCACUCUAAAAUGUUCUAUUUAUUGGUGUUGUUUUUGGCUGCGUUUAAUAUUGUUUUUUUUGUGCAUUAACAUAAAGGAUAAAUCAUGAACAUGGUGGUUUGAGGGAAGGACAUCGAUACAAUGAGGUGGUAGAGGGAAGUGGACACCAGUAUGACAACCCAUGUUUCUGGGCUACAGUACAGUAUAUAUAUAUAUAUAUAUACCCCUUGCUCUUUUACACUGUUCUUGCAUAUGUUGUUUGUGAUAAAUAGAUAUAUGCAAGUAAUACGAGAUGAGCCACCCACCAACUCCUCAUUCAACACUGCAAAAUGCACAGAAAGCUGUUCUGCGCUACCCACAAUGCAUUUCACUUUCCAUCAAAAACAAAACUUUCAUCUGACUUCAUACACUGUUGGAAUCACUUCUCAACGUAGUGUUAGUCAUUAAUAUCAUUGCCUUUUGCUGCUUAAUGAUGUCAUCUCUUCAUUAUGGACAAUUAGUACGAUAUGGUCUUCCUUCUCUCUGUCUUUAGUCCAGUCUCUCUCUGUGUAUUAUCUGUAAAGAAACCUGUUGUUGCUCGUCUGUGCUGUCGUGUGUAGUCUGCCUCCUUAGUGUCCAUUGUGUGUACAAGCUCGGGUGAAGAGCCUACCUAUGGUACCAUACUUUAAUAUAUCAUAGUUUAUCCACAACUGGCCAUGUUAGAUAAAACAUGAAUUUGUGUUUUGCAUUCAUGACUCAAGAGGAUUUUCAUGACGAUUUGUUGGUCAAUUUUGUGUUUCUGCCACAAAUUGUUCAGACGUAUCGUGAGUUGAAAUGUUCAAUAUACUGAAAUUGGCUAAACUUGUCUGUGGUCAUUAAUUCACACAGUCCCUGACAGCAGCAGGCAGCACAAAAUAGGUCCGCAGGUAGAUUUUAGAUGUAUGGAAUCAUUGUUGUUGUUAUUUAUGUACCUUCUUUAUAGAGAUGUAAUUAACUCUUUAAACUGAACUGACUGACUCCUGUAAAAGGGACACUGCACUUUGACACCACAGCCAGCAUUUACUGCAAAGAGAUGACAUGAAUAAAAAGAAGGAAAAAAAAGAGUUUAAAAGUUGAAUGCUUUCGGCAUUUCAACUGUAGAACUAAUUGAGGUAAUACUACUAAAUCACUAAGGAGAUUAUUUACAAUGGUUGUGAUGUCAAAUAUGCUUGAGUCUCUCUUUUAAGCCAGCUGUUUUGUGCUCUUUUGAAAUUGCAUGACCAAUGUUAGUGGCUAACGCGUUUGACAGUGGUGCGGUGGCGAGAGAGUGAGAGAAAGAAAGCACAAUGUUGAAUAUUAUUAUCAUUCCUUUGUAUUUAUGUGCAAAGAUAAGCUGAUAUGUUGUGGUGGAUUUUUAUUUUUAUUAUAGAUUUACAUGCGUUUGUGUCUGCUGAUAGGGACUCAUCCUCAACAUUAUUUUGGGACAUUACAGCCAAUGGUAAAAAAAAGAAAAAAGAAAAAAAAGAAAUCCUGACCAGUGUCCAAUUAGAGUCUUUCUUGUUCACACAGCCCUCCAAUCAACACUCCUGUUGUAUCCCAUGUCAUGUGACGCUCCCCCUGUACGCUAGCUCACAAGGAGAGGCUUGUGUGUGUAUGUGUGAGUGUGUGCGCAAGAGAGAAAUGUGUGCUUGCGGUUUUUAUGUGUGUGAGUUUUGGGGGAAAGCAGAGCUCUGUAUAUAAUGGCAAAGGGAACAGUGGUGUGUGUAUGUGUGUAG